AAUGAAACCAGAUUAUACCCUCUAGUUUUGCGUUUUGAGUUUCGCGUUUUCUCUCUUCUCUGCCACAUCCCACUAGUAUAGUAAAUUCUUGCUUGGCUGUUGGACUGAAAGUCUGAGACACAGGCACGGUUUGAUAAAGAUGGGUGGAAGCUCCAUUGAUGAUGACUGGGAAUUUAGUUCCUCCUCUAAUGAGAUUCGAACAAUGAUCCUAGUUGGACGUACUGGCAAUGGCAAGAGCGCCACAGGUAAUAGCAUUCUUGGGAGGAAGGUUUUCAAGUCAAGGGCAAGCUCAUCUGGUGUGACCAGCACUUGUGAAUUGCAGAAAACUGUCUUAAAGGAUGGCCAAAUUGUUAAUGUUAUUGACACCCCUGGACUAUUUGAUUUUUCGGUUGAAUCUGAGUUUGUUGGGAAGGAAAUAGCCAAAUGUAUUGACAUGGCCAAGGAUGGGAUUCAUGCUGUCCUUGUAGUGUUAUCGGUUAGAACACGUUUUUCUCAAGAAGAACAAGCAGCGUUACAUAGCUUGAAGACUUUGUUUGGAAACAAAAUUGUGAACUACAUGAUUGUGGUCUUCACCGGUGGUGAUGAACUUGAAGAUAAUGAUGAGACCCUUGAUGAUUAUUUGGGUCGCGAGUGUCCGGAGCCCCUAAAGGAAGUUCUUGCUCUCUGUGAGAAUCGCUAUGUGCUUUUUGACAAUAAGACUAAAGAUGAAAGAAAGCAAUUUGCACAAGUUCAACAUCUUCUUUCUCUUGUGAACAAGGCUAUAUCACAGAAUUGUGGACGACCUUACAUAGAUGAGUUAUUUGUAGAACUGAAGGAGGGAGAAAGUAAGAUGCGUAAAAAACAAAAGGAAGUUGAUUCCUCGGAAGGAUAUUCAGAAUUGCAGAGGCUGCAGUUUAAGGAACAAAUGCAGCAAACAUAUGAUGAGCAGCUAAAACGAAUUACUGAGACGGUGGAAAUAAAGCUGAAGAAAGCUACUGCUAGGCUCGAGCAACAACUGGCAGAGGAGCAAGCUGCAAGACUUAAAAUGGAGGAAAAAGCUACGUUAGCUCAAAAGAGAUCGGAUGAGGAAAUUCGAAAUCUCCGAGAACAUCUUGAGAAGGCACAUGAAGAACUACGUAAGCGUGAAGAGAAUCGUUGUGCUAUUCUUUGAUAUUUGAUGGCGGAUCAUGCCCUUAUUUAUCCCAAACUCUCAAGUUAAUGAAGCCAUAUAUUUAUUUUCAGUGUUUUGACUUGAGAGUUAAAGCUUAGACUCACCUGUUUGUAUAUUGCCAAUACUUAUGGUUCAUGGGUUUUUAGAUUCGACAAUUUGAUCCGAUCACUAAAGUCAAUUCUCCAAAACUAUGUAUUGGGAUGGAUCUCUUUUUUCUAUACAUGUUGCAUUAUUAA